AUGGAUCUCGCUCAUCCAAAACAAAGCCCACCAGACACUCAGGGGAGCGGUCUGCCCAGAAACAAAGGCUCCAUUAAACAGCCUACAAUCCCCGUUCUCGGAGAGGAAGUCGAGAACCUCAACAACUGGCUUGCUGAAGUCUCAUUCGCGUUGAAGCCCCUCGGCAUAAAACGCGUGCUAGACUCCCACAUCCGACACCCAACGCGCUCAGAUCCUAACUACGAAAUAUGGCAAUACUGGUCCACUACUGUCGCCGGAUGGCUCUUCAGCCAUGUCUCGGAAGAGAUUCAAAACAAGCUUUGCCAUAAGCGAAGAGCGCCACAGUCAUUUUUGGAUGACAAUUCAGGCAUGCAGUAUGCAGAUGAGGUCAUGAAGGCUAUCAUACAUCUCAUGCAGCCCGGCACGAAAAACGACUAUGUCAUGAAUGAAGUCCAGAAGCACACAAAUCACCCGAGGAAUCAAACUGAACUUUUGCAUUCGAAGCAUGCCGCGCCCGCACCCCUCUACGCGUUGGCAACAAUUAUCAGAGAGCUCAAGGGUGAGCUCGCCGUCAUCGACAACAUUGAACGUGAGAUUGCGGCGCAUAGAUCUGAAGAGACCUCAUGGAACAUCUUCCGCAAGUUCUGCAAACAGAUUGAAUCUGAAUGUAACGAGAUUCAAUCAGGCUCAGGUUAUGGAUCUACCGGACACCCCGGAAACCACAACAGCAAUGAUAACCGCGACAAAUCCACCAGCAAGACCUACGGGGGUUGGUAA